AUGUGGUCCCCACACCCCUAUUGCAACUUUGACAUUGACGGCGACAGGAGGCCGUUAUGCCCAUAUUCUGCUGUCAGAGAUGACAUUGAAGCAGACGACUUCCAGGCCGGCAACCUUGACCUCGACAACAGCAUGGAUUAUCUGCAAAUUCCUUUAACUGAAGAUGACAAUCCGAAUGAUAGUGGCAUAGGUGAAAAAACGAAAAUUAUUGAACCCACUGUUGGAAUGAAAUUUAAAGAUGAGAAUGAGGUUUUCGAAUUUUAUAAGCACUAUGCUUACCAAAUUGGCUUUCCUGUGCGAAAAAGGAAUUCAAAGAAGGGUGAUGACAGAGUUGUUCGUUAUGUAACCUUGACAUGUAAUCGGGAAGGCCGUCGAACUAGUGGUACAACUACAGUUUUGAAGCCUCAGGCAACCAUGCAAACUGGGUGUAAAGUAAGAUUGAUAGCAUGUUCUGAACUUACUGGGGAUGGCCUUGAAAUUAACGACAUUGCUGGAAUACCAUUGCACAAGAGUUUUAACUCAGCCGUAGUUGAAGCUAGUGGGUAUGACAAGAUUGCAUGCAUUGAGGAAGAUUGUAGAAAUUUCAUUGACAAAGUCCGACGUUUGAAACUUGGUGAAGGAGACGCGGUUGCAAUACAAGCAUAUUUUUCCAAAGAUGCAAGCGAUUAG